AUUAUCCUCCAGUUGUAGUUCUUGCUUAGAGAUGAAGAUCGCAAGCGCAUCCAAGAAAUGAGGAACUCUGCGAUGAAAAGAAAGCAGCAAGAGCUGUUUGGGAAUGGGAUGAGCUUUAUUUCCAAGGUAAUAAUAUUCGGUUUGUGUUGCACUGCAAGCCCACAUUUGGAGUUCCAUGGAACAGAAUGUAAUAAGCAUAAGGGUGUGUGUGUCUGUCUCAGCUUGCCCCCUAAACAAAAGGUUCCGAACAUACAAAUUCAAGCCUUAGCACUUCUUAAAUUUCUGUCUCUGCAUUCUGAAUGCUGGUUUGCGAAAUCAGUUAAUGACGAAAUAUUCAGUUGACAUGACCAACAUGUGGGACUUUUCUUUCCUUUUCGAAUUCUACCAGACAGCACACCACCUAAAGAGCAGGCAGAAGAGAUCCCCGACAUCCAAAGCAAAGAAGACCGACUCACACUCGGGAAGAGCAUGUCGACGGAUGAUCUGAAACGGAGGGCUGUUUUUUCCGAAAUAAUCAUAGGUACGAAUACGGCGGCUCCAAAGAACCCCCUGUUGCAAACUUCGACGUCCGAAGGCCCCAUUGUUGACAUAAAGGGUCUACCGCCGAAAAGUGACAUUGGCUCUAAGAGAGGGCAGGGUGAACCGGAGAGUAGGUCGAGCAGCGCGGUGAAGAAGAUGAUCAGCGCCUUUGAGAGCAGCUCUUCGCAGGUGCCAAGGAUCAAGUCGGAAGGGUCGUUGGAAGGGAUGCUGUCGGCUUCCACCAAUCCUUCAGACAAGUCAUCUGGCAAAGUGUCCGUUACUUCUGGUGAUAUAGGUUCCGAGUUGCGGUCAGGAAGGCAAGCUACGACGAUCAUCAGCAACAAGAAACCAAGCGUGUCUAGACAGGCCGGUUUGUUGAAUGCUAAGGAGAGCAGACGACGAAGUUCUAGCAGGCGUGACAGAGCAACCAAGACGAGCAUGGUGGAGAGUGCAGAAAGGCAAAAUCAUCAUCGUCGUCGCUCCAUCGCUCCAAUGCAUCCGGGCGCGACAUCUAGCAUCGCCUGGGCCGGCCACCCCCACAUCUGCAUCACCACAGCGAGCAAGCAGCUGAAAGACAUCUUUGGGCUUGAGCACCUGAAUUCGAUGAAGAAUGUAGAGCAGAGCGCAAGGGAAGAAGACACCGAACAAGGCACGAGCGGCGAUGACGCGGUGGGCUCUAAGCAGCGGCGAUCCGAUGGGUUCCCGGCGCUAAAUGGAUGGCUGAUCAACCAGGCGAGUGUUUGACCUCUUCUCUCUUUAUCUCUCUGGCAUUGAUUUGAGUUGCUAAUCUAAUUGGCAAAAUGGCGAUGGGGAUAUGGGGGAUGCAGGGGGUGCGCGGCGUGAUCGUC